AUGAAAUGUUGUCAAAUCGACCUAACCUAUUUCUCUUAUUCUUCGUAUUUCUCUUAUAAAGGCUACAAUUUACCCUGGAUCUAUCUAUCUAUCUAUCUAUCUAUCUAUCUAUCUAUCUAUCUAUCUAUCUAUCUAUCUUCCAGAAACGAAGCCACACGCGUGCGUUAUCGCAUCCUCUUUCUUUCUUUCUUUUUUUCUUUCUUUCCUUUUUUCUCAAUCGGUUUCUUUUGGGCGCAGUUCGUUUCAUAUCUAUGUCAAUAUGUUCAUAGCUAUCUCAUUCUCUCUCUCUCUCUCUGUCCCUAUCUAUCUAUCUAUCUAUCUAUCUAUCUAUCUAUCUAUCUAUCUAUGUCGGUAUGUUCAUAUAUAUCUCAUUCUCUCUUUAUCUAUCUAUCUAUCUAUCUAUCUAUCUAUCUAUCUAUCUAUCUAUCUAUCUAUGUCAAUAUGCUCAUAGCUAUCUCAUUCUCUCUCUGUGUCCCUAUCUAUCUAUCUAUCUAUCUAUCUAUCUAUCUAUCUAUCUAUCUAUCUAUCUAUCUAUCUAUAUGUCAAUAUGUUCAUAGCUAUCUCAUUCUCUCUCUGUGUCCCUAUCUAUCUAUCUAUCUAUCUAUCUAUCUAUCUAUCUAUCUAUCUAUCUAUCUAUCUAUCUGUUCAUAG